UCCAGUUGCUGCAAGUGUGACACACAAAAGAGAGCCUUGAAAUCGACUCAGAUUCCCGGAUCCCCCCCCUCCUUUCGCGCUCCCCCCCCCCGCCUCCCCUCCUUCCAGCCAUUACUUGCUGAACUCUCGGGAGAUCUUUAUCAGACCGUCUGAUCGAUUGGGAGAGAGAUCUGCCCACCCGGAGGAGGCAGCGAGAGCGCGCAGGGGGCUGGAGUAAGGGGAGAGGAGCCUCUUCGUCGGCCCCGCUUUCUGUGUCGCCGGGGAAGCUUUGCACAUCCAAGCAAGCACUGGAACCGGGGGAAAAGUCCUUGCUGGAAUUAUAAUCCUUCCUCUCUCUCUCUCUCAUCCCCUUCCUUUCUUUUACUGGUUGGUUUCGCUUUAGGCUCCGCUCAGGAAGGCGGAGGAGGGGCGGGGAGUGAAAAGGAGCGAUUAAAAAAUGGUGCAUAACCGAGGCGAUUUUCGGCUGGUUUUUUGGAAUGCAAAGUUGACGGCUGCAACAGACCGGCUGGACUUUUCCCUCCGGAGCCCCUGCAUGUAACCCUUCGGGCCUUUUCCUCUCCUUUUUCUCCGGAGGAGCUUCUAUGGAGAGAAUUGUUCGCUGCCUCUGAGCUGGAGGUGGGGAGGGAAGGAUGCGGAGUUGAAAAUUCUCCCCCCUUUUUUGGAACUCGCCCCCCUUCCUCCGAGCUUUGGUGUCAACGAAGCCCUCCUCCUUUUGUUUGCAAAGUUUUCUUUGCUGGAAAAGGGGAGGGGGGUGCAGAAGGCAGGAGGCGAGAGCCAUGGCGUCCGUUUUCACCAACGGACCCUGCCUCCAGAGCGAAGCCGAAGGCAUCCAUCUCUGCAGGAGCCUCGAAGUGGGCACGGUGAUGACUUUGUUUUACUCCAAGAAAUCCCAGAGGCCAGAGAGGAAGACGUUCCAGGUGAAGCUGGAGACCAGGCAGAUCAUCUGGAGCAGAGGCUCGGACAAGAUCGAGGGAGCCAUUGAUAUUCGUGAAAUCCAAGAGAUUCGUCUGGGAAGAAACUCCCGAGAUUUUGACCGAUAUCAGGAGGAUCCUUCUUUUCGACCGGACCAGUCUCACUGCUUUGUCAUCCUUUAUGGCAUGGAAUUCAGGCUGAAAACACUCAGCCUGCAAGCCACUUCCGAAGAUGAAGUCAACAUGUGGAUCAAAGGGUUGAAUUGGCUUGUGGCGGAUACCUUAAAGGCUGCUACCCCACUGCAGAUUGAAAGAUGGCUCCGAAAGCAGUUCAACUCGGUUGAUCGCAACAGAGAGGACAGGAUUUCUGCGAAGGAUUUGAAAAACAUGCUUUCUCAAGUCAAUUACCGAGUCCCUAGCAUGAGGUUUCUACGGGAAAGGUUAACAGACAUGGAGCAAAGGAAUGGAGAUAUCACAUACGGACAAUUUGCCCAGUUGUACCAGAGCUUGAUGUACAAUGCACAAAAAGGGAUGUCUGUACCAUUCUUAGAAAGCAGCGGUGACAGAUCUGAGCACUGCCGAGUAUCUCUGAUGGAAUUCCAGACAUUUUUACUAGAAUGCCAGAUGGAACUUUGGGCUACUGACCUCCUCUUGGUUCAGGAGUUCAUGUUCAAUUUCUUGAAGGAUCCAUUGCGGGAAAUUGAAGAGCCUUAUUUUUCCCUAGAUGAGUUUCUCACCUUCAUGUUCUCCAAAGAGAAUAGCAUCUGGAACUCGGAACUCGAUAUUGCUCAUCCAGAAGACAUGAACAAUCCCCUCUCCCACUACUGGAUUUCCUCCUCGCAUAAUACGUACUUGACAGGAGAUCAGUUCUCCAGUGAAUCCUCAUUGGAAGCUUAUGCUCGUUGCCUGCGCAUGGGAUGCCGCUGCAUUGAACUCGAUUGCUGGGAUGGGCCAGAUGGGAUGCCGGUGAUCUAUCACGGGCACACACUGACCACAAAGAUCAAGUUUUCCGAUGUCUUGGCCACCAUCAAGGAGCAUGCUUUUGUGACCUCUGACUAUCCUGUCAUCCUGUCCAUUGAAGAUCACUGUAGCAUUGCCCAGCAGAGGAACAUGGCCCAGAACUUUAAGAAGGUGUUUGGGGACAUGCUGUUGACCAAGCCAGUAGAUAUCUCUGCCGAUGGGCUGCCCUCUCCGAACCAGCUGAAGAGAAAGAUCCUCAUAAAGCACAAGAAACUAGCUGAAGGCAGCGCUUACGAAGAAGUGCCAACAUCUGCCAUGUAUUCAGAGAAUGAUAUCAGUAAUUCGAUAAAGAAUGGAAUUCUCUACUUGGAAGAUCCAAUCAAUCAUGAUUGGAACCCCCAUUACUUUGUCCUGACAAGCAGCAAAAUAUAUUAUUCCGGGGAGACAACCAACGAUCUGGGAAAUGAGGAUGAGGAAGAGCAAAAGGAGACAAGCAACAGCACCGAACUUCACUCCACCGAAAAGUGGUUCCAUGGCAAGCUGGGAGCCGGGCGAGAUGGACGCCACAUUGCGGAGAGGCUGCUGACAGAGUACUGCAUAGAGACGGGAGCCCCCGAUGGCUCUUUUCUUGUGCGUGAGAGUGAGACCUUUGUUGGCGAUUAUACCCUUUCGUUCUGGCGAAAUGGAAAAGUACAGCACUGCCGAAUCCAUUCCCGGCAGGAUGCUGGCAGCCCCAAGUUCUUCCUCACUGAUAACCUGGUGUUCAACAGUCUCUAUGACCUCAUCACCCACUACCAGCAGGUGCCGCUCAGGUGCAAUGAAUUUGAGAUGAGGCUGACAGAACCCGUGCCACAGACCAAUGCGCACGAGAGCAAGGAAUGGUACCACGCUAAUCUCACCCGGGCUUUGGCAGAGCGCAUGCUGAUGAGGGUGCCGCGAGACGGAGCUUUCCUGGUACGCAAGAGAAGCGAGCCCAACUCCUAUGCCAUCUCCUUCCGGGCGGAAGGGAAAAUCAAGCACUGCCGAGUGCAGCAGGAGAGCCAAACGGUUGUCUUGGGUAAUUCAGAAUUUGACAGCCUGGUGGAUUUAAUCAGUUACUAUGAGAAGCAUCCGCUGUACCGCAAGAUGAAGCUGAGGUAUCCAAUAAAUGAGGAGACAUUGGAGAAGAUUGGGACAGCGGAGCCAGAUUAUGGUGCUCUGUAUGAAGGACGGAAUCCAGGAUUCUAUGUGGAAGCCAACCCCAUGCCAACCUUCAAGUGUGCUGUCAAAGCCUUGUUUGACUACAAGGCACAGCGGGAGGAUGAACUGACUUUCACAAAAAAUGCCGUCAUCCAGAAUGUGGAAAAACAAGAAGGAGGCUGGUGGAGAGGAGAUUACGGGGGUAAGAAGCAGCUAUGGUUUCCAUCUAACUAUGUGGAAGAAGUAAUGAGUCCAACUGGUCUGGAGCCAGAGAUAGAGCAACAACUAGAUGAGAACAGUCCCCUGGGAGACCUGCUUGGAGGUGUCCUGGAUGUACCAUCCUGUCAGAUCGCUAUCCGCCCUGAAGGGAAGAACAACCGCCUGUUUGUCUUCUCUAUCAGCAUGGCUUCCAUUUCGCGAAGGUCCCUGGACGUGGCCGCUGAUACACAUGAAGACAUGUUAGACUGGGUGAAGAAGAUCCGGGAGGCAGCACAGACUGCUGAUGCCAGACUCUCAGAAGGGAAGAUGAUGGAGAGGAGGAAGAAGAUAGCACUGGAGCUUUCUGAGCUCGUCAUCUACUGUCGCCCCGUCCCCUUUGAUGAAGACAAGAUCGGCACAGACAGGGCCUGCUACAGAGACAUGUCCUCCUUCCCUGAAACGAAGGCAGAGAAGUAUGUCAACAAAAUCAAAGGCAAAAAGUUCCUCCAGUACAACCGGCUACAACUUUCCCGCAUCUACCCCAAGGGACAACGUCUUGACUCCUCCAACUAUGACCCCCUGCCUAUGUGGAUCUGUGGCAGUCAGUUGGUGGCACUCAACUUCCAAACACCAGACAAGCCGAUGCAGAUGAAUCAGGCCCUGUUCAUGUGUGGAGGUCGGUGUGGUUUCAUGUUGCAGCCAGCCAACAUGCGGGAUGACGUAUUUGAUCCCUUUGACAAGAGCACCCUUCGUGGGAUGGACCCCCUUUCCAUCUCCAUUGAGGUGCUUGGGGCUCGACAUCUUCCCAAAAAUGGAAGGGGAAUUGUUUGCCCCUUUGUAGAGGUUGAGGUGUCUGGAGCAGAAUAUGACAGUGCAAAACAGAAGACGGAGAUGGUGGUUGACAAUGGCUUAAAUCCUGCUUGGCCCUCGAAAUCCUUUCAGUUCCAUAUCCAUAACCCUGAGUUUGCCUUCCUCCGUUUUGUGGUGUAUGAAGAAGACAUGUUCAGUGACCAGAACUUCUUAGCUCAAGCCACAUUCCUGGUUAAAGGCCUAAAGACAGGAUACCGAGCUGUGCCUUUGAAGAACAACUACAGCGAGGGCCUGGAACUGGCCUCCUUGUUGGUGAAAAUUGAGAUCUUCCCUGGCAAGCAGGAGAAUGGAGAAAUUAGCCCCUUUGGGGCUUCAGCCUUCCGAGAGAGGUCAGGAGACUCUCCAAAUCAGCUUGGGGCAGGCCGAGGCAGAGAAGGCUCCUUCGAAGCCCGCUAUCAACAACCGUUUGAGGACUUCCGGAUGUCACAGGAGCAAUUAGCAGACCAUUUUGACAACCGAGAUAGAAGGGUACUUCGAAGGACCAGGGUGAAUGGGGAUAACCGCCUCUAGCCCAGCUUGGCCUGCUGUAAAGCACCCCCAGUGCUUGUGAUUCUCACGGAUUGCUGUGAACUGGUUUCUAUGGAAACGGCACUGCUUUGGCCUACUUUCAGGCAGCUUUUCCGGUUUCUCUUCUGAAGGGUGUUCAAGUAGAGAAUUUUUUUUUAAAGUAUCAAACCAUGAAUCAAUGGUUUAGUGUCUUGACUGUGAAACAUAAAGCAUAGUUUUUUUAAAAAAAAGCCUUCAACACCAAGCUAGAAACAAAGCAUAUUGAAGGUGUCCGUCUUGUUAACACCUGGAAACAACUGCAUAUCGUCAGUUCCCUCCUUCCCUGUGAUUGUGGCUACAAAGAGGAGACUACCUCAGAGCUCCCCAACUGUCCAGAUUUUUUUCUUAACGUGAAAUGCUUUCCUCCACUUUACAAAGGACUUUUUAAAAUAUCAUCCUUCAUAUCAACUUGUGUGCUAUGGGGUGAUCUCCGAGGUGAAAGGAAAGUCCAUGUCUUUGUUGCAUCAUACAGCACAAGCCCAAUGGGGCUGAGCUAGCCCAGUUUUAGUGGCCAAAUCAAGCAACGCAAGCCCCUAGAAGUUGUCUCUGCAAGGGCAAGCAGGGAAGAGUUAGUAUUAAGCAUGCAUCUUCUCAGCUGUUGAGUUCCUUGCUCUUGAUGAGAGGCCAUUUGGGGUUAGUGGUAAUUUUAUGUGCAAAAAAGUUUUGGGGGGUGGGUGGGUUGUAAGACGAAGAGUUAGCCUUAUAACUCCUCUUUCUUUGGGUGAACUCAAUCUUGACCAUUGUGAAGCUGAGUUACCCAAAUAUUUCAAUCCACUGUAGAGCUACAACAGCUGAAAUAUAAAGGGGGGGGAACAGGGUAGGGAAAGGAGUACCUGAGCCAAAGCCAGCUCUGCCGGAGAUAGAGCUCUUGCCACUGAAAUUGACUUAUUUGCUCUUCUGAGUCAAAUUUCAGUUACCACUAUGGCAGCAAAAAAAAUAGUCCCACCAUGUGUGGUUGUUUCAUCAGCAUCUGUGGACUCUCAAGGCCAGUAUGCCUCAAGGUGGGCACCAUUGAUCUGCUCAAAGCUUCCAAGCUGACCCAGCUGCAGAAGGUAUUUUGUCCAGCUUCAGACUUCUCUUCUGGCUUAAUUUGGGAAGACGUUUAUGGAUGGCCAGACCACUUGGUCUCUUCUGCGUAAUCCUCUGCCAGCAGCUACAGAAUUGGAUAUCUCUAUCCUCAUCCUGAGGGGCCAACAGAUCAACUCAUGCCAUGUUUGAUUGCCACCGUACCUCUGAUAACGUGCAUGCUGCAGCUCUUUGCCCAAUUAGUAAAGUGAUGCCAUCCCAAGGACAGAACUGAAUAUUUAUUUAGGUUGCCAAACUGUGAGAGGGGGUGGCCAGUGCAUUCCAGUCUCCGACAGUAAGCACCAGUGUACACUGCAGUAUUUACUAUGUGUUCGUCUGACUCUUAAGAGGACUUGAGUCCUGCCUAACUAUUAUGGAUUGUGAUCAGAUGGCUGUUGUGGGGGGAUGGAUCAGACAAAACAAUAAAGUCCUCAAAUUAACUUGUA